AUGCAGCAGCGGUGGUCCAUAUAUUUACUUGCUAUUUUUAUGCUUGGACUCGACUCGAAGCUCGUCGGUCAAGCAUUUCAACCAGAAUUCGCUGAACCAUUAAUGAAUUUAACAAUACCGAUAGGCCGGAACGCUACAUUUAGAUGUUUAGUUCAAAAUCUGGGAGGAUACAGAGUGGGUUGGGUGAAAGCAGAUACUAAGGCUAUUCAAGCAAUACAUGUUCACGUAAUAACAAACAAUCACAGAGUCGGGGUAUCGCACAACGGUCAAACCGUUUGGAAUUUACACAUUAAAAACGUACAAGAGGAGGACCGAGGUCAAUACAUGUGUCAAAUCAAUACAGAUCCAAUGAAAAGUCAGAUGGGCUACCUUGAAGUGGUUAUACCACCAGAUUUUAUAGCUGAGGAAACUUCAGGAGAUGUAAUGGUACCUGAGGGAGGUACUGCACGAGUUACAUGUCGAGCUAGAGGUAUGCCAGAACCUAGGGUCCUGUGGCGGCGUGAAGAUGGAGCUGAUAUUGUAAUUAGAGAUUCUAAUGGCAGCAAAAUAAAAGUUGCGCAGUACGACAAGGAAAUAUUGUCUUUAACGAAAAUAUCACGUUCAGAUAUGGGUGCAUAUUUAUGCAUUGCAAGUAAUGGUGUACCGCCAACCGUUAGCAAGAGAAUCACCAUCAAAGUGCAUUUUCACCCGGUGAUCCACGUGCCCAAUCAGUUGGUGGGAGCUCCACUAGGCACUGAUGUCACGUUAGAAUGCUACGUGGAGUCUUCACCUAAGUCCAUCAACUACUGGGUUAGAGAGUCAAAUGAAAUGGUAAUAUCGUCGAAUAAAUAUGAAGUCGUGAACACCGUGAUCAGUUCCUUUGAGAGCCGUAUGAUGCUGACGGUGCGACGACUGACAGCUGCUGAUGUUGGCGGAUACCGCUGUGUGGCCAAAAAUUCUUUAGGAGAGGUCGAUAGUGUCAUCAGAUUAUAUGAGAUUCCCAAACCAAGCGUAAAAAACACAAGUCCCGUCGACAAAAGAGAAGAGUACAAGUAUUCCACACCAAUAGAGGGACCUGACGAUCAAUUCGGGUCCGCCGACAGGUCGGAUGAUGAAGACGAACGAGAAACCGCCACAGAUACGACAGAUAGACAUUUAAACGCAUAUAAACACGAAAACGUAACAAGAAACAGAGCAAUCCAUUAUUCGACGACAUCCGACCAGAAGCUCAGUAAUAAAGUUCGUAAAAUUAUAAACAAUUUUGAAAUAAACGACUACAAUAGCAACAGAGGUAUUCGCAGCCCAUAUUCUGUAAUUGUGAUGUUUUUAUUAAUAAUUAUAGUUUUAGAUUAUACUUAA